AUGGAGAGAGUGAGUGGAGAGACCUUGGCCACAACCCAGCUUGACACUCUUGAAACGAGUAUGACAGCGCAAGAAUUCGAGCAAAGUGGUGGACUAGAAUCGUUCGGCAUCAACGCCCAGAAGGUGUCGCUUCAACUUGUAGGGUUAGAUCUCUGGUGGAGCCAAUACAUUGUGGAAUUUAGGGCUUUUGAGUUCGAGAGGUGA